AAAAAUAUAAAUAUUAUCCUGAGUAUAGAAAAACAUAUCCCUUACAAUUUUUAUAAAGACAAAAAUCUUUUUCUUGCUAACAAUUUUUAAGCUUUAUAUAUAAGUCUAUAACCAUUGUGUGGGUAUCACAGAAAGUUGUCUGAAAGCAAAGAAAUAAAACCUCAUAGAUGGCCAAAGCUAUGGAUACUAAACACCAACACCAAUUGAAUAUCACUUUUCUUCCAUAUCCAACUCCUGGCCAUAUGAACCCCAUGAUCGACACAGCAAGGUUAUUUGCGAGGCAUGGUGUUAAUGUCACCAUUAUAUUAACCCCCGCAAAUGCCUUAACUUUCCAAAAUGCCAUCGACAGUGACUUCAGCCAUGGAUACCAUAUCAGAAUCCAACUGGUUCCCUUCCCUGCAGCUCAAGUAGGUCUUCCUGAAGGGGUUGAAAACAUCAAAGAUGGCACUUCCCUAGAACUACUGGGCCGAAUCAGUCGUGGAAUAUCAAUGCUCAAGGAUCAUAUUCAGCUUCUGUUUCAAGAUCUUCAUCCAGAUUGCAUAGUGAGUGAUAUGUUUUAUCCUUGGACUGUGGAAUCCGCAGCAGAACUGGGUAUUCCAAGAAUCUUCUUUUGCAGCUCAAGCUACCUAUCCGACUGUGCUACUCAUUCGGUCAUGCAGCACAGGCCUCAGGAGAGGUUAGUGUCAGAUACCGACAAGUUUUCAAUUCCUGGUUUUCCUCAUAGAAUAGAGAUGACCCCUCUACAGCUUGCAAACUGGCUAAGGGUUCGUGAAGAAGUCUCAUACUAUUUUGAGGGAAUGUAUGCAUCAGAGAGAAGAAGCUAUGGAGCACUCUAUAAUAGUUUUCAUGAACUUGAAAGCGAGUAUGAGCAACUUCAUAACAGUAUAGUGGGGAUCAAAUCUUGGAGUAUUGGACCAGUUUCAGCCUGGGUUAACAAGGAUGAUGGACAAAAGAUCAAUAGGGAACACAAGGAGGACCUUCCAGAAGAGCCAGAGUGGCUAACUUGGCUUAACAGUGAGCAGAAUGACUCUGUGAUUUAUGUGAAUUUUGGAAGCCUGACUAGGCUCCAUCAUGCUCAACUUGCAGAACUGGCUUACGGGCUUGAAAAUUCUGGUCAUAGUUUCAUCUGGGUCGUGAGGAAAAAGGAUGCAAAUGAGAACGAAUACAGUUUCCUGCAAGAGUUUGAGGAUAAGAUGAAAGAAAGCAAGAAGGGUUUUAUCAUAUGGAACUGGGCACCACAGCUGCUGAUAUUGAAUCAUCCUGCCAUAGGAGGCAUUGUGUCUCACUGUGGUUGGAACUCUCUUCUUGAAAGCUUGAGUGCUGGAUUGCCAGUCAUCACAUGGCCUAUGUUUGCAGAACAAUUUUACAAUGAGAGGUUGAUAGUUGAUGUGUUGAAGGUUGGAGUUUCAGUGGGAGCUAAGGAAAACAAGUUUUGGGCAUUAGGUGACAAGGAUAAUGUGGUGGAAGGAGAAGAGAUUAAGAAAGCUAUCUUACAGUUGAUGGAGACAGAAGAGGGCAGAGAAAUGAGAAAGAGAGCAAUAAAAUUGGGUGAUGCUUCCAAGAAGACUAUAGAGAAGGGUGGACACUCUUACAACAACUUGAUUCAGUUGAUAGAUGAGCUUAAAUCAUUGAAGAUAUCUAAAGCACUUCCAGAAACAAGUUAGAUAACUGAAAUGGUGCAGCAAUGAAAUGGCUCUGCUGAUUUUCUGAAGCCUUUUAACAAGAUGAAUAAACCGCUUACAAGGCUUUGUGAAACUUUCUAUAUUAGAUGAACAUGGAUUCGGCUAGGUUUCUUGUCGCUGUUUCGUUGUGCCGCUAAUAAUUUAAGUGUUUUUUUUUUCCAUUAAUUGCCGUUUGCAUAUUUUAAUGAUUUUAGUUCAGGAAAUUGUGACGAAGUGAGAGGUAAGAUAAACAACACUAUUGUGGCUAACUGAUAUCCCAAAUGCCCCACGUGUUGUACGGAAGUUCUUAGAAUGACAAAACAAAGUUAUGUUGGCUUUUUCCCUUGAAAUUUUUCUAACUUUGCAGAAUAAUAUAUUCAGUGGGGUGACAUGUUUGCUUACUCUUGUUUACUAGUAAAUUUACUACAUAAAUUUUGCAAAAGUAAAAUUUGGAUUGUUUUUUAUAUUUUCAACCUAAUCCAAGUUUGUAUAUUUCAAUUUAACUAUUCAAAAUUUAUUUUAACAAAAUUUUGUUAUUUGUUAUGGGUGCAAACUUAUUUUAGGAAAUCAAUGUGGGUUGAGCAGAUUGCAGACCAUUCUUUAAUUUUGAUGGAAAUAUGUGUUCUUUUAAGGAUGUUCUUAGAGUAUGUUAGAGAAUGAAGGGUCUAUGAGAGAAGAAAGGGAAAACAGAGGACUUAACUGUUAGUCAGUUAAGUGGGUUUGGGAAAACUGCUAGUCAGUUAAGUGGGUUUGGGAAAGAGGCCUAUAUAAGGAUCUCUUUGUUGUAUCAGUUAGUUAGUUAGACAUUUGUUGAUUUGUUGACCGGUCAUAUUAAGCUCCUGGACUAUUAUGUAUUCUUGUUUCUUUCUUGUGAAUACACACUCAUUAUUCAUCCCAUAUUGUGUGGUGUUUGUUUCUGUGAGCGUAAGAGUGUGAGUGAGUUAGAUUUCUUACCUGAAUCUCUAACAAAGUGGUCCGACCUGCCGGAUCUGUGCGGAGGAGAGAGGGAGCUAUGGAGGGAAGGAUGAACGUUGUUGAGGGGCGAUUGGAGCACAUCGAGAUGGCUGUGGAUGGGAUGAAAGCGGAAUCAGCGGCGAAUCAGCAAGAAUCUAUUGCCAUGCGCAAAGACAUCCAAGAACUAAUGCGGAUGAUGGGGGCUCGCGCCAAAACAGCUGAUGACAAUUCUGACGGGAGCCAGGGGUCUGUCAACGAUCACGGGGGUGGUCGUUCCGAUGAUGGUGGAGGAGGAGGAGGAGGCAGGGAGCGUCCCGAAAUGCUACCCAAUUGGAGAAGAAGGGUGGAAUUGCCCACCUUUGAAGGACCCGACCCUUUGAACUGGAUUAGUAGGGCGGAGAAAUUUUUCGCGAUCCAAAGAGUGGCAGAAGAGGAGAAAGUCGAGCUGGCGCACAUUAGUAUGGAGGGGAGCGUCGGGUAUUGGUUUAAAUUCUGCCAAGAUAAGGCGAAGGAUCAAUCAUGGGAGAGGCUGAAGGAAGCGUUGUUGAUACGAUUCGAGAGCCAGCACCGUGGGGGGAUUUUUGAGAGGAUGGUGGUGAUCCGACAAACGGCCACCGUGGAAGAAUACGUCAGGGAAUUCGAGGCGUUAGCGAGACAAACGAAGGAAUUCUUUGAUCACCAGCUGUUGGGAUAUUUUUCGGCGGGAUUACGAGAGGAGUUGAGAUGUCAGAUGAGACCACACGACCCACGAGAUCUGAUGACCGCGAUGAAGAUCGCGCAUGAUGUCGAAGAGGCUCUUCGGGGCCUAGGAUUGAUGGGAUGGGCCGGAACCAAGAACCCAUCUCCAUGGGGCGACCUUCCGGUGGAGGAGCGGUGGUGGCUAGGACCGAGCCAUAGAGAAGCACUUCGGGAAGAACUAGUCCGGCCGAAAGCAGUGGGUCGGUGAGACAAUACAGAGCGACAGGGAAUGUGAUGGCGAGAAGCGGAAAUGUCGACGGAGGGGAGAACAGGGGAAGAAACACUGGAUAGCCAAAGAAGUCUAAAGUUUCUGUUGGAACAGAGGGUGACGACCCAAGUGCAGCAACACUGGAUAGCCAAACUGCUCGGCUACGAUUUUGACAUAGUGUAUAAAACGGGAGCCAGCAAUCGGGUGGCUAAUGCGCUGUCACGAAAAGGCAGCGAGGAGUUAGAUGGCGAGGCUGAGAUCGAAGGGGACGAUGAGGGUGUUGAAUUGAUGGGGAUAAUGAGGCCAUAUUGGAAAGAUUUCCAAGACGUGAUGCGAGAAGUGAAGGAAGAUGAUGACUUGAAUAAAAUCCGAGAAGGCGUCACACAGGAUCCCAACAAGUAUCCGGCUUACACCAUUGAAAACGGACGGUUGCACUACAAGGGGAGGCUGGUUAUUCCGGCAAAGUCUGAGUGGGUACAGAAAUUGUUGGCCGAAUUUCAUACAACACCGACGGGGGGUCACUCCGGGGUUUAUAGAACUUACAGGAGAUUGGCACAGUCGCUAUUCUGGGCCGGGAUGAAGAAAUCAGUGACCGAGUAUGUCAACCGCUGUUUGGUGUGCCUUGUGAGAGAGGUAGUAAAGCUUCAUGGGAUUCCCAAGACCAUAGUGAGUGAUCGUGACCCAUUAUUUCUCAGCGCAUUUUGGAGAGAAAUGUUUAAGAUGCAAGGGACCCAUCUCCGGAUGAGCACAGCCUAUCAUCCGGAGACGGACGGCCAAACAGAGGUGCUGAACCGAGUGCUGGAGGGAUACUUACGAUGCUUCUGUUCUAAGCAGCCCAAGACCUAGAACUCGAUCCUUCCAUGGGCGGAGUACUGGUACAACACCAGCUACCAAGGAGCUUCCAAAUGCACGUCGUUUGAAGCGGUAUAUGGGAGAGACCCGCCUUCGUUAUCAAGGUUUAUUCCGGGAGAAACAAUGGUGGAAGCCGUGGCCCAAGAGUUACAAACAAGAGAUGAAGCGUUGCAGCAGUUGCGAUAUCACUUGUCGAGGGCACAAGAUGCGAUGGUGAAGCAAGCAAAUCGAAAGAGGAGGCCGGUAACCAUUAAGGUAGAUGAUUGGGUGUUUUUAAAGAUAAGACCCCACCGACAAACCUCUAUGUCGGUGAAGUUGCAUCCGAAGUUAACGUCUAGAUACUAUGGGUCGUUCAAGGUGAUAAAAAAGAUAGGGGAAGUGGCGUUCAGAUUAGAAUUGCCCGGGAACGCCAGGAUUCACCCUGUUUUCCACGUGUCUCAGCUGAAAUUGGCGAUUGGGACAAAGUAGGUGGAAGCUGAGCUGCCAGCAGAUUUACAAGUCGGUGGACCUACUACUGGCCAGCCAAGGUGCUAAAUAGAAGAGUCCAGCAGCAAGAGGGGGAACAACGUGAACAAGUGUUGAUAGAGUGGCAAGAUGGAGGGGCAGACAGCGCAACGUGGGAGGAUCGGAGGUUGAUGCAGGAACAAUUCCCCGAGUUCGACCUUGGGGACAAGGUCAGUUUUCAGGGGGGGAGUGAUGUUAGAGAAUGGAGGGUCUAUGAGAGAAGAAAGGGAAAACAGAGGACUUAACUGCUAGUCAGUUAAGUGGGUUUGGGAAAACUGCUAGUCAGUUAAGUGGGUUUGGGAAAGAGGCCUAUAUAAGGACCUCUUUGUUGUAUCAGUUAGUUAGUUAGUUAGACAUUUGUUGAUUUGUUGACGAUAAUAGCACCUGGUGAAGGAGGUUAAGCUCCUGGACUAUUAUGUGUUCU